ACAAAAAAGGAUUUCCAACGGUGACAUCCUGACAACACCGCAAUGUAUUUAAAGAAUCCAGUUAUUUUGCCGGCACCAAAGUUUAGGACUCUGUUCAGACACACGCUGUGCGAAACGUGUGCCAGAUUCUAGAUUGCACAAGGUGUGAUCGCUUUUGUACUUAACCGAUACCAGUAUUGUCAAUAUUUUCGAUUGUUGAGUUCAGGGGAGUUCGGCUCAAAGGCUGUUUUUACCUGUGAACUAAAUCUACAACGGCUGUGACAGAGUUUCGUUUACUUUAUAGACCCAAAGUUGUGAUUUUAAUAAGUUCAAAAUGAAUACUAUAGUGAGUGUUAAAAGAAAACCGAACCCGGUAAAAAAUGCCAACUGCUUUUCACAAUUAUUUUUUCUAUAUAUGUUUCCCAUAUUCAGACGGACUUUCAAGAAAGAAUUGACGGAGGAUGACAUAUUCGAACCUCUUAUGGAACACAGAUCAGGAAAUCUCGGAGAUAAACUAGAAAAACUAUGGAAGGACGAAUAUAGGAUACCAAAACAUCAGAAAACCGCACUGCACAGAGCCUUAUUCAAACUAUUUGGUUUCAAGUUCAUGCUAUAUGGCAUAAUUAAGGGUGUCGAAGAAUGUUUCCUGGUAGUAUUGUUACCAAUCAGUAUAGGGAAAGUAGUACAAUUCUUCCAGAAUGGUCAAAAUGCAAUGUCCAGAAAUGAAGUAUAUAUGUACUCAGGUUUUAUAACAUUUACAUUUUUUAUGGACACAUUAACAACCCACCCUACCUUCAUGGGACUAUCUCAUCUAUGUAUGAAGAUGAGAGUGGCAUGCAGUACUUUACUUUAUAGAAAAUCUCUACGUUUGAGUAGAACUUCCUUAGCGAAAUCGACUGUUGGUCAAAUAAUCAAUUUAUUGUCUAACGACGUUAGCAAAUUCGAUGAAGGCUUUGUUUUAUUCCACUUCAUAUGGAUUGCCCCAGUGCAAGUUUGUAUAGGAUUGUACUUAAUAUAUAGAGAAAUCCAGGUUUCUGCCUUCUUUGGAAUGGCUUUCCUACUGGCCUUCAUUCCUCUGCAAAUUUGGGUUGGUCAGAGGACGUCUACAUUGAGACUACAAACAGCAUUACGAACAGACGAGAGAGUGAGAAUUAUGAACGAAAUAAUCACAGGAAUUCAAGUAAUAAAGAUGUAUUGCUGGGAAAAACCGUUUGCUAAACUUAUUGAAUUAGCUAGAAAAAAGGAGAUGAAACCUAUAAGAGCCCACCAGUACUUAAUAGGCCUUAUUUAUGCCUUCGAGAUGUUCAUAACAAGGACAUCAAUAUUCAUAAGUGUCCUUAGUUUUGUCCUUUUAGGAAAUUUUGUCAGCGCAGAAAAAGUCUUUGCGAUAACAGGUAUUUACAAUGUUAUAAGGCCACUCAUCACAACACUAUUUUCCAUAAGUAUUUCGACGAUAGCCGAAGUAAACGUAUCCGUCAAUAGGAUCAAUACGUUCCUAUGUCUUGAUGAAUUCGUUAAAGUUGAAAUCACAGAGGAAAAUCGACCUGCUCAGAAUGGCGAUAAAAAUAUGAUGGACGAGGUUUCUACUGAAUUGAAGAAAUUAUCAACAAAUGGAACAUCAAAACACUCCAGUCAAAACAAGCCUGGAAUAACACUGGAAAACGUUAGUGCAGUUUGGAUAGCCGAUGCAGAGAGCUAUGACCUAGAAAAUCUAAACCUGCAGAUCUCAUCGAAUGAGCUUGUGGCCGUCAUUGGUCCAGUAGGUGGUGGAAAGAGCAGCCUUAUACAUUUAUUCUUGAAGGAACUCACUAUCAAAGAAGGAACAAUGGACUUAAAUGGCAGGAUAUCUUACGCACCUCAAGAACCAUGGCUGUUUUCGGGUACCAUCAGACAGAACAUACUUUUUGGUGAAAAAUAUGAUAAGGAUCGCUAUGAUAUGAUUGUAAAAGUAUGUGCCUUAGAACAUGAUUUUGAACUCUUUCCGUUUGGUGACAAGACAUUUGUUGGUGAGAGAGGUAAAAUCUUGAGUGGUGGACAGAAAGCUAGGAUUAACUUAGCAAGAUGUGUCUAUAAAGAAGCUGAUAUCUAUCUUUUGGAUGAUCCUCUGUCUGCUGUUGAUGUUAAUGUUGGUAAACAUUUAUACUUUAAGUGUGUUAAUGAAUAUUUGAAAGAUAAAAUUUGUAUAUUGAUAACUCAUCAGUUGCAAUACCUCCACACUGCUGACAAAAUUCUUAUUAUGGAAGAUGGAAAAAUACAGCAAGCUGGUACUUACGAAGAACUUCAAACGAACGGACUUGACUUCGCUAAACUUUUACAAAAAUUUGAUCAGAAAGAGGCAGACAAAGAUAAGAAGAAAGUGAGAAGUAGACAACAAUCCAUCACUAGUAACCUAGAAACUGAAGAAGCAAUUGAUCAAUUCCAAGAUGAAGAAGAAAUGGGCCAUGGAAAAAUUAAAAUGAAAACUUAUUAUGAAUAUUUCAGUUCUGGAGGACAUUCCAUACUUAUACUAUUUUUGUUCUCGACCUUUCUCAUUGGAUACACUGUCACAUUUGGAGGAGAUUAUUUCAUUACGUAUUGGGUGAAUUUAGAGCAAGACUUCGCCAGGUCCAAUCAUACCAACACUACAGAGUUACCUUUCUCCAGAGACAAAAUCAUCUACUCAUAUUCUGGAAUCACAUUAGGAACCAUUAUUUUUGCCAUCAGUCAAACGAUGUUCUUCAUGGCUUUCUUGACCAAAGCGGCUACUAAUCUUCAUAACCAAACUUUCACUCGAGUAAUAAACGCUACCAUGCAAUUUUUCAACGCUAAUCCCUCAGGAAGGAUAUUGAACAGGUUUUCUGAAGAUAUUGGAAUUGUUGAUGACUACAUCCCUCACGUUGUAUUCGAUGUACUAUCGAUCGCCCUUCUCUCUUUAUCUGUUAUAGUUCUCGCUUCACUUGUUGAAUGGGUAAUGUUUCCAGCAUCUCUAGUUUUGGGAAUGAUAUUCAUAGCAUUCCGAUCUGUCUACAUCGUAACAAGCAGAAAUGUCAAGAGAAUUGUUGCAGUUACUCGAAGCCCCAUGUACUCCCACAUAACAGCAACAGCUCAUGGAAUAACAACAAUAAGAGCCUUUAAUGCUGAAUCAAUUCUCAUAGAUGAAUUUGACUUCUUUCAGGAUAGGAACAGCAGUGCGAAUUUCCUAUUUUUAGCUUCAAGCCAAUGUUUUGGUUUCUGGAUCAGUCUGUUAUGUGUUUGUUUCAUCACGCUGGCCAUAUUCUCUCUGGUUAUAUUUGGUGAAGGUCUUCGUGGAGGUGAUAUUGGUCUACUCAUUACCGAGUACAUAGGUCUUCUUUCCAGUUUGGAUUGGGGUAUGCGCCAGUGGAGUGAGUUAGAGAACCAAAUGACAUCAACUGAAAGGGUUAUCGAAUACAAAUACAUCGAAAAUGAACCAAAACGACCAGCCGUUACUAACAUACCCAAACAAUGGCCUACAGAAGGUCGCUUAGUAUUCAAGAACGUCAACUUGAGAUAUAAAGAAGGUGACCCAUAUGUUCUCAAAGAAGUCUCUUUCACUGUUCAACCUAAAGAAAAGAUAGGUAUAGUCGGAAGGACAGGUGCUGGAAAGUCAUCCAUCAUAACUUGCUUAUUCCAAUUGUAUCCGAUAGAAGGAAGUAUAAUCAUAGAUGGAAUUGAUACCACUAAAUUGCCGCUAGAAGAUGUGAGGAACAAAAUUUCCAUCAUUCCCCAAGAACCUGUUUUGUUCUCUGGUACGAUGAGAAAAAAUUUGGAUCCUUUCGAGGAAUACAGUGACGAGGUACUCUGGAAUGCCCUUGAACAAGUGGAACUCAAGGAAACAGUAGAUGAAAUGACACAAGGCCUGCAUUCGUUGGUUUCAGACAGUGGGUCGAAUUUCAGUGUUGGAGAAAGGCAACUUGUAUGUUUGGCCAGAGCCCUGAUACGAAACAACAAAAUAUUAGUUUUAGACGAAGCAACAGCAAAUGUGGAUCCUUAUACUGACUCACUAAUUCAAAAGACAAUAAGAAACAAGUUUGCAGACUGUACGGUUUUAACAGUUGCACAUCGUCUCAAUACUGUUAUGGACUCAGAUAAGAUAUUGGUAAUGAGAGCAGGCAGAGUGGAAGAGUUUGAUCAUCCACAUCUACUACUGGAGAAGAAAGAAGGCCUUCUGUAUGGACUAGUUCAGGCUACUGGUGAAACCACAAGCAAGCAGUUAGAAACUAUAGCUAAAGAGAAUUAUGAAGGCAACAUGGGUAACGCUGAGUAUUAGAAGAAGCAAGGAGGAAUUUCUCUGGAUAAGUGUUGUAUUUGAUCAAAUAAUGAGCUUUUGUCGUUUAGGCCAAGAAAAACCGUCCAAUUGGGUACAUCUUAUCUAUAUACCUUUCAAUACCUACGAUUUUGUAAACGUCACAUCUAAGAUGUCUGAAAUACUGGUGUGUUCACUGAUUAGAUUUUGUCUAAGAUAAUUUUGGCGACUCGGCUAGGCAUGCGUCCUUUUUCUCUUUUCUUCCUUGAGAUGGCGCUAUACAAAGAAUUGACGAAUCAACGGCAUAAUUUCAAAAUUUCCAUUUGCUCUGUCAAAAGUUGAUCGAUUUUUUAUUUAACCUCACAACAACAUUGACAGAAAAACGACGUGAGCGCCAUUAGGAACAAUGCGGAAAUAAAGUGAAAAAGGACCAAUACCAUAAAAAUCCAAGAAGGCUGGACCCUUCAAAAGUCGACACUUUAAUCUUAAGGUUUUUCAAGAGCAAAUGGGUACACCAGUGUUUUAGAUAUCUUAGUCACACAAUAUUUUUGAGAUAAAAAAAAGCACAUCAUUUUGACACUUUCAAACUUAUCGAAUAUUUACUUUUGUCACAAUUUUGUACCUAAAACAGUGAAAAUGUGUAUACAAUAAUAUGAUCGAUGUUGCUACAUAUAAUAUGGUUGAUGUUGUUGUAAACAGUAUGACAUAUAUCUUUAUUUAUUAAA